GUGCCGACGGGAACCUUCCCAAGGUGAAGCAGCUGCUGGCGGAGUGGGCGGAUCCGAACACGCCAAAUACCGCGAAGGACGGACAUCCGCCACUGCACGCGGUGCUGCUGCGACCGCAAGGCCUCCAGCCCGUCCACCUCGACAUCGUGAGAGCUCUGGUGGACAUGGAUGCCGACCUGACCCUCACCACCACGAUGCCAGCUGGAGAAUCCCGCCGCACCUUCACCCUGGUGCACAGCGCGCUCCACUCGAAGAGUGGCCAGGCGCUGAAGAUUCUGGCGGCUGCCGGUCUUGAGCACGAUGGGAAGCCGCUCAGCCAGGUGCUGGAGGCAGAGGCCCUGCGAAGCGAGGAGCAGGAAGAAUCGAUCUGGUCGCUGCUGGGACCCCUCAAGGAGGAGCGGGUGCGCCUGCUGGACGCGUCCCUGGUGACCGUGGGGGAGAUGUUGGCGCUGGGGGCCACUCCUGGUCAGGUCAAGGCCUUGCACCACAAAGCAGGGCUGGAGACGCCGGAGAAGUUGCUCCAGCAGGUGGUGUUGAAGGGCCUGGGGCCCAAGGAACUGGGAGAGAAGCUCCGAGCGGAUCCCGACUUUCUCACACCCACACUCCCCUGGCCACCCUUCGAUGCCGUGAGAGAGGCACUGCAAGAGGCCCCAGCGGAUCUUCGGAAGGACCGCGACGUGGUCCUGGCCUGCAUCAGCCACGAUGCCGCCUGCGUGGCCGAUGCGCCAGAGGACCUGCGCUCGGAGCGAUGCUUCCUGCUGGAUGCAGUGCAGCGGCAUCCACGAGCCCUCGAGUUCGCCGGGGGCUUUCGGGAGGCCUGCAGCUUUGCACCUCAACUCGAGAGCUCGAAGUCUUCCGACAAGAGCACACACCCUUCAAAUCUCGCAGAGCGAAAGAGGUUUCUGGCACAUGAGACCACUAAAGCUCGCGAGGACCGCGACUUCGUCGCGGACGCAAUGUGUAGUUUUGGGGAAGUUGUGGGCAACCAUGACGACCAGGUGCUGGAGUUCGCUGGCGGCCUGCGCAGCGACCGGCAGCUUGCCUUCGAGGCUGUGCAGCACGCACCUUGGGUGCUGGACUUGCUUGAUGCCCAACUCCAACACGACCCGGUGCUGGCCUUCCGCGCCGCGCAGGCUCAGUUUGCAACGCCGGCUUCCGAGGCCUUGCCACGAUGCGGCACUCGAGACGUGGACUUUGCUCAGAUGUCCGAGCUGCGCAUCGUCCAGCACGGCUCGAAGGUGUGCUGCGCCUGCACCACGGGAGCGAACCGCGUGGCGGUGGGCUGCAAGGACGGCAGCAUCCUUCUCCACGACCUCAGCUGCACUGACGACGAGCCUGCCUCGAAGCUGCUUGGGCACCAGUUUGCUGUGUCCAGCCUGUGUCUGCUGUCCGAGCAUGUCCUGGCCAGCGGAUCGUAUGACAGGACGGUCCGGAGUUGGAAUCUGCGCACCAAGGAGGUGCUCCAGGUGCUCAGAGGACACACGCAUCCUAUGCAGGGCCUGGCGCGGCUCAGUGACACUCAGCUCGCGAGCGCAAGCGCUGACAAUACCAUCCGCUUGUGGAACCUCGCGGAGCCAGAAGAAGACGGCCGAGUGCUAGAGGGCCACAGCAACACAGUGUUCUGCCUGUGCCGCACCACCGCCGGGAGCCUGGUGAGCGAGAGCGAGGACCGGACCCUCCGGGUCUGGGACCUUGACACCGGCGAGGAGCUCCAGCAGGAGCUGCGUGGCCACACAGGUGGUGUCAACUGCCUCGUCCAGGCCUCUGCAGGGCUCCUGGCGAGUGGCAGCAGCGACAACACCGUGCGCCUCUGGGACCUCACCAGCUGGACGACCGUGCGGGUCCUCAAAGGCCUCAGCAGUGUUGAGUCGCUGUGCCUGUUGGCACCCAACCACCUUGCAGCUGCCGAUACGGAUGGCGGACUCCGUGUCUGGUGUGUUGACAGCGCCGAGCCCGUGCACGACGUCAAGAUUGCCCACAGCGAAUCGAUCCGAGCCUUGACGGUGACGAAGGUGCGGGGCGAGCACGUGCUGUGCAGCGGCAGCGAGGACUCGGCCCUGAAGCUCUGGCAGCUGCAGGCGUGGGGCAUCCGCGGCUUCUCGAAGGAUCCCAGCGAGCUGCGCAGCAUAUCGCACGACUCGAAUGUGGCCUGCGUCUGCGCCACGGGAGCGAACUUCAUGGCGGUGGGCUGCACGGACGGCAGCAUCCGGCUCCACGACCUCAGCUGCACUGACGACGAGCCUGCCUCGAAGCUGCUCGGGCACCAGAAGUCUGUGCGCUGCCUGUGUCUGCUGUCCGAGCAUGUCCUGGCGAGCGGGUCCGAGGACGAGACUGUCCGGACGUGGAACCUGCGCAGCAAGGAGGCCCUGCAGGUGCUCAGCGGGCACAGUCACUAUGUGUGGGGCCUGGCGCGCCUCAGUGACACUCAGCUCGCGAGCGCAGGUAGUGACAAGACCAUCCGCUUGUGGAGCCUCUCGGAGCCAGAAGCCCGCCGAGUGCUUCGGGGCCACGCCGGCUUUGUGAGCUGCCUGUGCCGCACCACCGCCGGGAGCCUGGUGAGCGGGAGCAGCGAUGCGACCCUCCGCGUCUGGGACUCGGACACCGGCGCGGAGCUCCAGGAGAUGCGUGGCCACACAGAUGUUGUCAUCUGCCUCUGCGAGGCCUCUGCUGAGCUCCUGGCCAGUGGCAGUGUCGACAACACCGUGCGCCUCUGGGACCUCACCAGCUGGACGACCGUGCGGGUCCUGGAAGGCUUUGAGGUCAGUGUUUACUCGCUGUGCCUGCUGGCACCCAACCACGUUGCAGCUGGCGACAAGGACGGCAGACUCAUCGUCUGGGCAGUGCAGAGCGGCGAGAAGGUCCACGAUGUCAAACGCGCCCACAGAGCAAGGAUCUAUGCCCUGACGGUGACGAAGGUGCGGGGCGAGCACGUGCUGUGCAGCGGCAGCGAGGACUUGACCCUGAAGCUCUGGCAGCUGCAGGCGGGGGGAAAGGGAUGA